AUUCAGCGUAUUAUGUGUAUUAUUUUAUUAUUUUUAUUAUUUAAAUAUACAGAUAGUGAUUAAGCAAAAUACCGUUAUAUUUAAACAGAAAACUGUAUGUGAAAACGCGUGUACGUAGGUUGCCCCUCCUUUCUUAAAGUGGCUCACAUCGUUCAGACAACUUUCUGCCGAGUCAUCGGACGUUCGUUCUCCUUAGCUCUGGUUCAAAACGCUCCGCUCCGGGUCUGCUUUUCUCCACCGUCCGUCUCUGCUGAACUACAAAAACAGAUGUCAUCCACUGAUGAAGAUGGAGUAGGUGGAAGCCAGAAGGCUGAAAUGAUCCAUGUUUCUGUGACAAGUCUCACGGGGAGAAACGCCUUCACGGUGCGAUAUAACUGCAGCGUCACGGAGCUUAAAGAGGUCCUGUCAGGUCGUUUAGAGACCCCUGCUGAGCAGCUGGUGGUGAUCCACUCUGGUCGAGUCCUCGGAGAGUCUGAAGUCCUGGGUGACCUGACAGGACAGGGUGACUCUGUCAGACUCUGCAUGAUCCAGAGCCCCCAGUGUUUGUCUGCUGUUUCAUCUGGAGACGUAAACUCAGAGACUGUCCAGUCAGGGCUCCCCGAUGUGAUUGACUUUGUAAACCUCCUUCCCUCACCCACCUCACCCCUCUGUUUAGUUGAAGGUCUGGAUGAUCUCUGCAUGCCUAACAGUGGGCCAGGCUUCUUCCCAGCCAUCCAGCACCAGAUGGAGCAGCAGCUGUUGGGUGACCCAGAAAUGAUGCGUCGUCUUGUGGGCAGCCCUCUAGUGCAGAGCACACUUUCCAUGUCGAGCCCACAAAUAACCAAACAACUUAUUCUGUCAAAUCCCCAAAUUCAGCAGCUCCUCGAGACAAACCCAGAGAUCGGAGACACGCUCAAUAACACAGACAUCAUCACACAGGUGCAGGAGCUCCUCAGGAACCCUGACAUGAUAGAAGAAGUGAUGUCUCAUGGGGACAUUUUGCACCCACAGAAGGACAAGUCACCAGAAACCUUCACUAGUGACUCCUAUGGUCGUCACGAGACCAAAACUAAAAAACAGGAUCAUCUUACACUGCUGCAGACAGGAUUACCCCUGAAGGCAGAAACCGACCAGAAAUCACCUUCCUCUGGUCAAAGCACCCUGUUAGACCCUCUUAGAGAACUCACUGCUGAGCCAGACUCUCAGAGCUCCAUCACUGCAGGAAUUCAGUCUCUGUUGGAGGAGAUCAUGGCCAGUCCAGGUCUCAUGGGAAGUCUUCUCUCUGGACCAUACGUCAGCAGUCUUUUGAAAUGCCUCAGUCAGAACCCUGACCUGGCUGCACAGACUGUGUCCUGCCUUCUCCUUAUGACUGCUGAGAUUGUCUCCAGCGCCACUUCAAAACAUAUGUUGCUGAGUCACCCCUUGUUCUCGGACAGACCUCAGCUUCAGCAACAGAUGAGGCAGCAGCUUCCUGUCUUUCUGCAACAGAUGCAGAGUCCAGCUCUUUUGUUAGCCAUGAUGAACCCUAAAGCCAUGGAGGCCCUGCUCCAGAUUCAGCAGGGACUGCAGACGCUUGCUGCAGAAGCUCCUGCUCUCCUACCUGUGGCUGAAUUUGGUAACAAUAGCACCAGUACUGCAUCUGACCUCACCUCUAAUUCAGUCCUGACCAACCAAUCAGGAAAUGGUCCUCAUGUUGCCACAGUAACAGAGCAGCAGCAGCAGUUUGUGCAUCAGAUGCUGAUGGCACUGACUACAGCAGAUAAUGGGACUCAUCAGCAAGAGACCGAGUUCCAAGAAGAACAGAUCACCUCUGCCUUCAAUGCUUCAGAGAGAGAUGAGCAAAUGUGAUCACGUUUGGAAGGAAGCUUAACAACAGACAGUGUGCAUACUUCCCACAGCCGGAGACUCCCAUAAUGAUGAAGAUCAUCUUGUGAGAAGAACAUCAGUUACAUAAGGACACACUCUCCUCCAGUACUGGUCACAAAAUGAACUGUAAAUGCAG